AUGGACCUGAGGCGUUUAAUCUACUGCACGGCAGUCUUCGCCUUACUGGCAGGUGUGUAUGGAGACUGCAGCAGGAGUCAGUGGCAGUGUGAUGAUGGGGUGUGUGUGCCGCACCGAUGGCGCUGUGAUGCUGCCAGUGACUGCCAGGACGGAUCUGACGAGAUGGACUGUUUAUGUCAAGCAGGGGAUUUUGAGUGUGCGGAUGGCUCCGGGUGUGUGUCUGGGUCGGCUGUUUGUGACGGGCGGCCCCAAUGUCCCGAUGCUUCGGAUGAGUGGGAUUGCAGCUGGCGUUUAGGGUGUCUCUCGGGUGACUGGAAGUGCAAGAACAAGGUCUGCAUCCCACGAGACCUUCUCUGCAAUGACGUCGACGACUGCGGCGAUAACUCUGAUGAAGAAACGUGUGGGUCCUGUGGGAAGAUGAGCAUGCGCUGUGCUGAUGGCAGGUGUAUAAGCCAGAGAGAGAGGUGUGACGGAGUCGCUCAGUGCUCGGAUAGGAGAGAUGAGCCUCUUACUUGUGGUAAAACUUGUCAUAAUGGCAAUGGUGGCUGUAGCCAUUCUUGCAUUGACCAGCUUUGGGGAGCCCUGUGCUCUUGUCCCACUGGAAUGACCCUUUCUGCAAACGGACUUGAUUGUGAAGAUGUCAAUGAGUGUGAUCAGUCUUUUGGACCAUGCAUGCACUUGUGCUCUAAUACACCAGGGUCUUUUCGCUGUCUGUGCCAGAAUGGUUUCAAACCUCUUGGCAAUGGCUCUUGUGAAGCUCAAGGAGCCGUGAUGAAGAUUUUGACAUCUAGGAAGGGACUCAUUGGUUUAGUGAAUGUGAAGACCAGAGUGUAUGAACCACUUUUUACAAGUGAGAGUGAAACUGUAGCCAUGACCUAUGAUAUCCAGAGGAACUUCAUUUACUGGGCGGAUCAAAAUGGGAAUAUCUACAAGGCUUCUAACCGGAAGAGCACGAUUCUGUAUUCAGGGCAGUCUGGUGUGAAGAGUCUAGCCGUCGACUGGCUCACUGGACAGCUGUAUUGGGCGAGUGUUACCCAGAAAGCCAUCUACACUGGUGCAGCUGAUGGUAGUGCUGUAGGCAUCGUCAUGUCCAAAGAAAUGGACCCAAGCGAUAUGGUCCUCAGCCCAAUCGAGAGUUUCAUAUUUUGGAUUAAUAAAGCAACGAAUGAAGAAAUAACCAUUGAGAGGGCGGAAAUGGAUGGUUCGAAUCGGACAACACUGUUGUUCAUUACUGCACAGUUACCAAGAAGUCUUGUGGUGGAUGUGGCUGCACAGCGGCUGUAUUGGAUCAGUACAUACAAAAUGUCAAUUGAGAGCAUCAGGACAGAUGGCACUGGGCGGCACACCUUUUUGGGUGUCUUUCAAGGAAAUCGUGCUCAGACUCUGGCUGUAUUUAAUGGCUGGUUCUACUGGGCUGAUGAUAAAAAACUCUGGCAGGCUCCUCAAAAUCUGUCUGUUGCCAAACGAGAUGGAUUCAUCCUAAAAGCCUCGCUUCCUGUCCUGAACGUCUACCAUGCGCUUCAGCAACCCCAAGGUUUUACACCAUGUAAAAACUCAGGAUGCCAGCUGUGUUUGCCCUCCAAGAAAAGUGCUGUUGGAUUCACCUGUCUGUGUCCGGAGGGAGCGUUGCCCAUGUCUUGGGGAUCUUGCGAAAAUUUUACGGUUGCCUAUGCAACAGCCACAACCAUAUACAGUUUGGAGUUUGCUGGAAAGACUCCUGUGAAAACUGAACUCUUUACUUCGGAUGAAGACAUCCAGUCCUUUGACAUGUACUGGCGGCGAGGAUGUCUGGUUUGGUCUAAUGGGACAGGCCACGUAAAGAUGAACAUACGUUCUCAAGACUUAUCCGAGUACAUUCUGACUUUAAAACCUGCCUGCGUCGUCAGAGUUGACCAGAGAACCGGCAAUCUGUAUUGGCUGGCAUGUGAUGAACUUUCCAUUGGUGUUUCAACCAUUGGCCCCCUUGACCAAAGCAUUUCCAGGCAACUAUAUCAAGCCAAAACUGCAAUCCUAGACCUGUUCGUGGAUUGGCAGAGAGGAAAGCUGUACUGGCUAGAGGGAGCUCAGAUCAUGAGAAUGAAACUGGGUCUGUUUGCUGGAAGAGCAGAAUCGAUCUUCAGUUUUGAGGACAGUGGGGUCGACAGCAUUGUGUUUGACAGAAAAGCGAAUGGCUUCCUUUGGAACAUGGAGUCUUACUUGCAGGUUAUGAGUCUAUUGAAGAUGAGGAAGUACUCAGCUGGUUUAGACUGGGUCGUUCCUGGCUCCAUCGUGGCUGCUUAUGAACCCUACAUGGUGGCAUUGUUCAAGAACGUCCUGACCGUUUGGAGUCGUAAAGACGGAGCUCGUGUCUCUGGGGUGGCUGUCGAGAAAGGAGUUGUAAGCUUAUCUGUUGCCCUCAGGGAAGUCCAACAAGAUAAGAUGACUGAAGAUGUUCAUCCUACUGAGGUGACUUGCAAAAGUCCCCUAGUCUUUUGUCAAGGCUCAACGGUGUGUAUCAGUCGAUCUCAGCGGUGUGAUGGGAAGAAGGACUGUCCAGAUGGGUCUGAUGAGGCCUCAUGUUUGGACAUGUGUGCAAAGCCAGAUGACUUCCUGUGUAAUGAUGGGAGUAAGUGUGUGGAGAGAGAUUUGGUGUGUGAUGGUCGCUCUCACUGCAUUGACGGUUCAGAUGAGAUGGGAUGUCCCACCAUGGCUGCUGAAACCUCAUCCUCGGGGCCAUUAAAGUGUCGUACGGGCUCUAAACCCUGUGAGGAUGGACGUGAGUGUGUCCUGUACAGUCAUGUGUGUGAUGGAGAGAGGGACUGUAAGGAUGGAUCUGAUGAACGGGGCUGUGAAUAUAAGUGUAAAGCAGAUCAGUUCCAGUGCGCUCAUGGGAGGAUGUGUAUCGACAGAAAGCAGGUGUGUGACGGCACACCUCAGUGUCAGGACCGCUCUGAUGAAAUGGACUGUUUCACUCGCUCACACGACUGCAAUCACCAGUGUGACAAUAAAACUCGCUGCAUCCCAGAAAACUUCCUCUGUGAUGGAGAGAAAGACUGUGUAGACGCCACUGAUGAAGACAACUGCUCUGAGACUAACAGAGGCGAUGUAAAUUCGGUGACUCUGACCAAAGACCGUUCAGGUUUUGCGCCUCCGCCUCCGACCUGCAGAAGUCCAUCCAUGAUGUGUCCAGGAACAUCACUGUGCAUUUCCCAGACUCUGUUCUGUGACGGGAAGAUAGAUUGUCCGGAUGGUUCUGAUGAAGUGUCGUGUGUACACGUUUGUUCAAAACCUGAUGACUUCCUGUGUAAGGACAGAAGGAAGUGUAUUGAUGGGAAUCUGGUGUGUGAUGGUCGCGCUCACUGCCUUGAUGGUUCUGAUGAGGUGGCUUGUUACAUGGCUGCUAAAUCCUCAUCCUCGGGGCCAUUAAAGUGUCGUUUGGGCUCUAAACCCUGUAAGGAUGGACGCGAGUGUGUCCUGUACAGUCAUGUGUGUGAUGGAGAGAGGGACUGUAAGGAUGGAUCUGAUGAACGGGGCUGUGAAUAUAAGUGUAAAGCAGAUCAGUUCCAGUGCGCUCAUGGGAGGAUGUGUAUCGACAGAAAGCAGGUGUGUGAUGGCACACCUCAGUGUCAGGACCGCUCUGAUGAAAUGGACUGUUUCACUCGCUCACACGACUGCAAACACCAGUGUGACAAUAAAACUCGCUGCAUCCCAGAAAACUUCCUCUGUGAUGGAGAGAAAGACUGUGUAGACGCCACUGAUGAAGACAACUGCUCUAAGACUAACAGAGAGGAAGUAAAUUCUGUGACUCUGAACAAAGACCGUUCAGGUUUUGCGCCUCCGCCUCCGACCUGCAGAAGUCCAUCCGUGAUGUGUCCAGGAACAUCACUGUGCAUUUCCCAGACUCUGUUCUGUGACGGGAAGAUAGAUUGUCCGGAUGGUUCUGAUGAAGUGUCGUGUGUACACGUUUGUUCAAAACCUGAUGACUUCCUGUGUAAGGACAGAAGGAAGUGUAUUGAUGGGAAUCUGGUGUGUGAUGGUCGCGCUCACUGCCUUGAUGGUUCUGAUGAGGUGGCUUGUUACAUGGCUGCUAAAUCCUCAUCCUCGGGGCCAUUAAAGUGUCGUACGGGCUCUAAACCCUGUAAGGAUGGACGUGAGUGUGUCCUGUACAGUCAUGUGUGUGAUGGAGAGAGGGACUGUAAGGAUGGAUCUGAUGAACGGGGCUGUGAAUAUAAGUGUAAAGCAGAUCAGUUCCAGUGCGCUCAUGGGAGGAUGUGUAUCGACAGAAAGCAGGUGUGUGACGGCACACCUCAGUGUCAGGACCGCUCUGAUGAAAUGGACUGUUUCACUCGCUCACACGACUGCAAACACCAGUGUGACAAUAAAACUCGCUGCAUCCCAGAAAACUUCCUCUGUGAUGGAGAGAAAGACUGCAUAGACGCCACUGAUGAAGACAGCUGCUCUAAGACUAACAGAGAGGAAGUAAAUUCUGUGACUCUGAACAAAGACCGUUCAGGUUUUGCGCCUCCGCCUCCGACCUGCAGAAGUCCAUCCGUGAUGUGUCCAGGAACAUCACUGUGCAUUUCCCAGACUCUGUUCUGUGACGGGAAGAUAGAUUGUCCGGAUGGUUCUGAUGAAGUGUCGUGUGUACACGUUUGUUCAAAACCUGAUGACUUCCUGUGUAAGGACAGAAGGAAGUGUAUUGAUGGGAAUCUGGUGUGUGAUGGUCGCGCUCACUGCCUUGAUGGUUCUGAUGAGGUGGCUUGUUACAUGGGUGCUAAAUCCUCAUCCUCGGGGCCAUUAAAGUGUCGUACGGGCUCUAAACCCUGUAAGGAUGGACGUGAGUGUGUCCUGUACAGUCAUGUGUGUGAUGGAGAGAGGGACUGUACAGAUGGAUCUGAUGAACGGGGCUGUGAAUAUAAGUGUAAAGCAGAUCAGUUCCAGUGCGCUCAUGGGAGGAUGUGUAUCGACAGAAAGCAGGUGUGUGACGGCACACCUCAGUGUCAGGACCGCUCUGAUGAAAUGGACUGUUUCACUCGCUCACACGACUGCAAACACCAGUGUGACAAUAAAACUCGCUGCAUCCCAGAAAACUUCCUCUGUGAUGGAGAGAAAGACUGUGUAGACGCCACUGAUGAAGACAACUGCUGUGAGUUUACUAAAAGGGAUGUAAAUUCGGUGACUCUGAACAAAGACCGUUCAGGUUUUGCGCCUCCGCCUCCGACCUGCAGAAGUCCAUCCGUGAUGUGUCCAGGAACAUCACUGUGCAUUUCCCAGACUCUGUUCUGUGACGGGAAGAUAGAUUGUCCGGAUGGUUCUGAUGAAGUUUCAUGCGUACACGUUUGUUCAAAACCUGAUGACUUCCUGUGUAAGGACAGAAGGAAGUGUAUUGAUGGGAAUCUGGUGUGUGAUGGUCGCGCUCACUGCCUUGAUGGUUCUGAUGAGGUGGCUUGUUACAUGGCUGCUAAAUCCUCAUCCUCGGGGCCAUUAAAGUGUCGUACGGGCUCUAAACCCUGUAAGGAUGGACGUGAGUGUGUCCUGUACAGUCAUGUGUGUGAUGGAGAGAGGGACUGUAAGGAUGGAUCUGAUGAACGGGGCUGUGAAUAUAAGUGUAAAGCAGAUCAGUUCCAGUGCGCUCAUGGGAGGAUGUGUAUCGACAGAAAGCAGGUGUGUGAUGGCACACCUCAGUGUCAGGACCGCUCUGAUGAAAUGGACUGUUUCACUCGCUCACACGACUGCAAACACCAGUGUGACAAUAAAACUCGCUGCAUCCCAGAAAACUUCCUCUGUGAUGGAGAGAAAGACUGUGUAGACGCCACUGAUGAAGACAGCUGCUCUAAGACUAACAGAGAGGAAGUAAAUUCUGUGACUCUGAACAAAGACCGUUCAGGUUUUGCGCCUCCGCCUCCGACCUGCAGAAGUCCAUCCGUGAUGUGUCCAGGAACAUCACUGUGCAUUUCCCAGACUCUGUUCUGUGACGGGAAGAUAGAUUGUCCGGAUGGUUCUGAUGAAGUGUCGUGUGUACACGUUUGUUCAAAACCUGAUGACUUCCUGUGUAAGGACAGAAGGAAGUGUAUUGAUGGGAAUCUGGUGUGUGAUGGUCGCGCUCACUGCCUUGAUGGUUCUGAUGAGGUGGCUUGUUACAUGGCUGCUAAAUCCUCAUCCUCGGGGCCAUUAAAGUGUCGUACGGGCUCUAAACCCUGUAAGGAUGGUCGUGAGUGUGUCCUGUACAGUCAUGUGUGUGAUGGAGAGAGAGACUGUAAGGAUGGAUCUGAUGAACGGGGCUGUGAAUAUAAGUGUAAAGCAGAUCAGUUCCAGUGCGCUCAUGGGAGGAUGUGUAUCGACAGAAAGCAGGUGUGUGACGGCACACCUCAGUGUCAGGACCGCUCUGAUGAAAUGGACUGUUUCACUCGCUCACACGACUGCAAACACCAGUGUGACAAUAAAACUCGCUGCAUCCCAGAAAACUUCCUCUGUGAUGGAGAGAAAGACUGUGUAGACGCCACUGAUGAAGACAACUGCUCUAAGACUAACAGAGAGGAAGUAAAUUCAGUGACUCUAAACAAAGACCGUUCAGGUUUUGCGCCUCCGCCUCCGACCUGCAGAAGUCCAUCCGUGAUGUGUCCAGGAACAUCACUGUGCAUUUCCCAGACUCUGUUCUGUGACGGGAAGAUAGAUUGUCCGGAUGGUUCUGAUGAAGUUUCGUGUGUACACGUUUGUUCAAAACCUGAUGACUUCCUGUGUAAGGACAGAAGGAAGUGUAUUGAUGGGAAUCUGGUGUGUGAUGGUCGCGCUCACUGCCUUGAUGGUUCUGAUGAGGUGGCGUGUUACAUGGGUGCUAAAUCCUCAUCCUCGGGGCCAUUAAAGUGUCGUACGGGCUCUAAACCCUGUAAGGAUGGACGUGAGUGUGUCCUGUACAGUCAUGUGUGUGAUGGAGAGAGGGACUGUACAGAUGGAUCUGAUGAACAGGACUGUGGUCGUCAAUGCCAAUCUGGGCAGUUCCAGUGUACCUCUGGAGGGAGAUGUAUUGAAAUGAAUCAGGUGUGUGAUGGGACUCCUCAGUGUCUGGAUAAGUCUGAUGAAGCAGGAUGCCAGAAACCCUCAAUGAGCUGCAGCAUGCGUUGUGACCGGGAUACUCGCUGUAUUGCUGAAAUCUUCAUCUGCAAUGGGGUUAGGGACUGUCUGGAUGGCACGGAUGAAGCCAACUGUGAAAUUUGA